GGACCGGAGACGUGCCGAGCCUGAAGCCCGGAGUGCGCAGCUGUCGGGAGUUCCUUCUCCUCCGCUAGGAUUCGGGCGGGAACUGGCAAUGUGAAAGAAAGCAAGCAGGAUGGGGACCUGAUUCAUGACCUUCUGUCUGGCAGAGAAUUCUUAAAGCGGAAUCAAAUUUGUGGGAGCAAAAGGGAAGAAAGGAUAGAUCUGCCCAUUCAGAUCAGUCUAACAUCUCAUUGAAUUUCGUGCCACAGUCUGAAGAAGAGAAUAUAUUGAGUUUUUUGUUUAUUUUAUACCAUCAUGAAGAUUUCACACACUUGAAAUAGAAAAAUAAUGAGUUAAAUUUAAUUCGUGUGAAAGUGUUUUGAAUGACACUACAGAAUCCUUCAGGGAAGAUAAAAGAUUUUUUUUUGAGAAAUGGAAUCUAAUUCAUCAUACUACUGUAAUAAAGACAAUGAAGAAGAAAGUUUGCUUGCAAAUGUUGCUUCCUUAAGACAUGAACUGAAGAUAACAGAAUGGAGUUUGCAGAAUUUAGGGGAAGAGUUAUCUAGUGUUAGUACAAGUGAAAAUUCUGAUUACACCUGUAAUCCCUCAAGAUUUGAAAGGCUCAUUUUAGAAGAUCUUGCUCAACCUGGCCACUCUGGACCUUUGAAUUAUUUACCAUACAAAAAAACUUGUAAACUACCUGGUGGCAAUACUGAAUGUCAUAAAAAGCCAAGAGAUAAGGUAUCUUUUGUAUCUCCUACCCCUAUGGAUCAGGAAAUUAAGAACCUUCGAGAGAAACUUAAUAAACUUAGACAACAGAAUGCUUGUUUGGUCUCACAGAAUCAUUCUUUAAUGACCAAAAUAGAAUCUAUCCACUUUGAAUUAACACAGUCAAAAGCAAAAGUUUCUAUACUUGAGUCUGCUCAACAUCAAGCAGCCAGUGUCCCAAUCUUAGAAGAACAGAUAAUCAAUUUGGAAGCAGAGGUUUCAGCACAAGAUAAAGUUUUGAGAGAAGCAGAAGAUAAACUAGAACAGAGCCAAAAAAUGGUGAUUGAAAAGGAACAGAGUUUGCAGAAGUUCCAGGAAGAAUGUAUAAAGUUGAAGGUGGACUUACUUGAACAAAGUAAACAAGGAAAGAGGGCUGAAAGACAAAGGAAUGAAGCACUCUGUAAUGCUGAAGAACUGAAUAAAGCUUUCCAACAAUAUAAAGAAAAAGUAGCUGAAAAACUGGAAAAGGUUCAAGCAGAAGAAGAAAUAUUAGAGAGAAAUCUAACUAACUGUGAAAAAGAAAACAAAAGACUACAGGAAAAAUGUGGUAUAUACAAAAAUGAAGUUGAAAAUUUGAAAGAAAAAUUAAGGCAGUUAAAGGAAGAAAGUAACAUUGGGAAAGAAAAACUAAGAACUAUGGCAGUGAAAAAUUCAGAAGUCAUGGCACAACUAACUGAAUCUAGACAAAGUGUUCUGAAACUACAGAAUGAGUUAGAGGACAAAGGAGAAAUUCUUAGAGAAAAGUUUUCUAUAAUGAAUGAAAACAAAGAAUUAAAGCUCCGAAUUGCAACACAGAAUGAGCGACUGGAUUUAUGUCAGCAAGAAAUUGAAAGUUCACGGGUAGAACUGAGAAGUUUGGAAACGAUUAUAUCCCAGUUGCCACCAAAAAGAGAAAUGUUUGGCUUUAAAUCAACUCUUUCCAAGUACCAGAUGAGUAGUUUUUUAAACAAGGAAGACAAUUGCAUUGGCUGCUGUGAGGCAAAUAAAAUGGUACUCUCAGAGUUAAGGAUUAAGCUUGCAAUAAAAGAGGCAGAAAUUCAAAAGCUCCAAGCAAACCUGACUGCUAAUCAGUUGUCUCUGAGUCUUUCUUGUAAUGACAGUCAAGAAAGUGGCAAAUUAAGUAGUUUAGAAACAGAGCCUGUAAAACUAGGCAGUAAUCAAGUAGACAGUACAAAGAGUCACAGCAAGCAUUACGAAAGAGAAAAGCAGAGACUGGUGGCUGGAAUAGAAGAACUGCGUACAAAGUUGAUGGAAAUAGAAGCCGAGAACUCUGAUUUGAAGGUCGACAUGGCCCACAGAACUAGUCAGUUUCAGCUGAUUCAAGAGGAGCUAUUAGAGAAAGCUUCAAAUUCCAGCAAACUGGAAAGUGAAAUGACAAAGAAAUGCUCUCAACUUUUGACACUAGAAAAGCAGUUAGAAGAAAAAAUCGUUGCUUAUUCCUGUAUUGCUGCAAAGAAUGCAGAACUAGAACAGGAACUUACGGAGAAGACUGAAAAGAUAAGAAGUCUAGAAACCAAUAUCAAUACAGAGCAUGAGAAAAUUUGUUUAGCUUUUGAAAAAGCAAAGAAGAUUCAUCUUGAACAGCAUAAAGAAAUGGAAAGGCAGAUUGAAAGACUUGAAGCUCAACUUGAGAAAAAAGAUCAACAAUUUAAAGAACAAGAAAAGACAAUGUCCUUGUUGCAACAAGAUAUCAUAUGUAAACAUCAUCAUCUUGAGUCGCUAGAUAGACUCUUGACAGAAAGCAAAGGGGAAAUGGAAAAGGAAAAUACAAAGAAAGAUGAAGCUUUGAAAGCAUUACAGAACCAAGUGUCUGAAGAAACAAUCAAGGUAAGACAGCUAGAUUCAGCAUUGGAAAUUUGUAAGGAAGAACUUGCUUUGCAUUUGAAUCAAUUGGAGGGAAAUAAAGAAAAGUUUGAAAAGCAGCUAAAGAAGAAAUCUGAAGAGGUAUAUUGUUUACAGAAGGAGCUAAAGCUAAAAAAUCACAGUCUUCAAGAGACUACAGAGCAAAAUGUUAUUCUACAGCAUACUCUUCAGCAACAACAGCAAAUGUUACAACAAGAGACAAUUAGGAAUGGAGAGCUGGAGGACAUUCAAACUAAACUUGAAAAACAGGUAUCAAAACUGGAACAAGAACUUCAAAAGCAAAGGGAAAGCUCAACCGAAAAAUUGAGAAAAGUAGAAGAGAAAUGUGAAGCAGCGACACAUGAAGCAGAUUUAAAAAGGCAAAGAAUUCUUGAGCUUACUGGUGCUGCCAGGCAAGUAAAACUUGAGAUGGAUCAGUACAAAGAAGAGCUGACCAGAAUGGAAAAGGAAAUGAUGCACCUAAAACGAGAUGGUGAAAACAAAGCAAUGCAUCUUUCUCAAUUAGAUAUGAUCUUAGAACAGACAAAGACAGAGCUUGAUAAGAAAACAAAUGCUGUGAAGGAGUUAGAAAAGUUACAUCACCACACUGAAACUGAACUAACAGAAGCCUCGCAGAAACGAGAAACACUAGAAAAUGAGCUGCAAAAUGCUCAUGGAGAAUUAAAAAGUACUUUACGACAACUGCAAGAAUUGAGAGAUGUACUUCAGAAGGCUCAAUUAUCGCUGGAAGAAAAAUACAAUACUAUAAAAGAUCUGACAGCUGAACUUAGAGAUUGCAGGAUGGAUAUUGAAGACAAAAAGCAAGAACUCCUUGAAAUGGAUCAGGCACUUAAGGAGAGAAAUUGGGAGCUAAAGCAAAGAGCAGCUCAGGUUACACAUUUGGAUAUGACUAUCCGUGAGCAUAGAGGAGAAAUGGAACAAAAAAUAAUUAAAUUAGAGGGUACUCUGGAGAAAUCAGAAUUGGAACUUAAAGAAUGCAACAAACAGAUAGAGAAUCUGAAUGAAAAAUUACAAAAUGCCAAAGACCAGCUUCGAGAAAGAGAGUUUAUGAUGUUACAAAAUGAACAAGAGAUAAGUCAACUGAAAAAAGAAGCUGAAAGAACACAGCAAAAAAUGAAAGAAAUGGAAAGCGUGAUGAAAGAGCAGGAACAGUACAUUGCAACUCAGUACAAGGAGACUGUGGACUUGGGGCGAGAGCUGAGCAUAACCCAGGAGCAGUUGCAGAACUCUCACUCAGAAGUGGUGGAGGCUCGUCGACAGCAAGUACAGUCUCAGAGAGAAGUAGAGAGGCUGUCAAAUGAAUUGGAGGAAAUACAGCAACUCUCUAGGGAGAAAGAAGUUCAUGGAAACCACUUAGCUGAAGAAUUAGGGGCUUCUCAAGUACGUGAAGCUCAGUUAGAAGCAAGAAUGCAAGCAGAAAUCAAGAAAUUGUCAGCAGAAGUAGAAUCUCUAAAAGAAGCUUAUCAUCGUGAGAUGGUUUCGCAUCAGGAGAACCAUGCAAAAUGGAAGAUGUCUGCAGACUCUCAAAAAACUUCUGUUCAGCAAUUAAAUGAACAAUUAGAGAAGGCAAAAUUAGAACUGGAAGAUGCUCAAGAUACUGUAAGCAAUUUACAUCAACAAGUUCAAGACAGGAAUGAAGUGAUUGAAGCUGCAAAUGAAGCAUUACUUAUUAAAGAAUCAGAAUUAACAAGGUUACAAGCUAAAAUUUCUGGACAUGAAAGGGCAGAAGGCAUCAGUUUUCUUUCAGUGCCAGCCAAAAGUAUGCCAGACACUCAAGAUCCAAAGAUGGCAAAACAUGCUCACUCGUCUUUUUCCAAGUGUAAAAAACUCCGUCGCUCUAUUAGUGCCAGUGAUAUAAGUUUCAAAACUUAUAUUGAUGAAGAUCUUUCUGAAGAAUUAUUACAAGAUUUAAAGAAAAUGCAGUUAGAACAGCCUUCAACAUUAGAAGAAAGCAAGAACGAACUGACUCGUAACCAGUCAGAGUCAUAUGACCCACUCAUGUAUAACCUAGAAGAUGACAGUUAUGAGAGCAAUGACUUUAGUACUCUUAGUGGAAUGCUAAAAUACAUAAACAAAGAAGUGAGACUAUUAAAAAAAUCUUCUAUAAAAGCCGGGGCUGGUUUAACUCAGGGAGAAAAUGUAUAAUUAAAGACGAUGUCCAUGGGGUGAGCAGUGGACUCUGUGGUACUGUGCUAUAAACUCUCUGAACACAAUGAUACGAGGCAUGUGUUCUCAAGAAAUUGAUUUGUUAUAAGUAUCCAGAAGUGGACUUUGUCUUGCCACCCUCCCAUCCCAGAAGCAUCCUUUAUGAACCACUUCAACUCGGGUUUAAUGGUUCUUCUGACAGCCCAGGAUGGCCAUGGAUUGCUUUGCCCAAGACCUGGGCAUAAGUCAUGACUUGAUGAAAAGAGAGUUUUUGAAGUGAAAGGGACCUUUGGAGGUUGUCCAGCAGCUUUUGAAAUAGUUCCAGCAGACAAACUUCUAGACCACGGUACCUUCCCUGGCAAUCUGGUUUCUUGGUUUACUACAAGGAGACCAACAAGGAUUGGGUCCCUAAAUGAUAAUGGAAUGAAGCAGCCCAGCUUACCUGACACAGACAUGUAAUGAGGAGCCAGAAUGAAAAGUACAACAAUCCUUCCUUCCACUUACUCCCACAGAUGGCUCUACACAUGACAGAUAAGACCUGAUGCAAAGUUCCUGAUGUGUUUGGAAGAGAACAAAAAUUACCAGAAGACGUCCAAAUUCCCAUCUACUCUUGAUUUGCUGGACUCUGCCUCAUCCUGUUUAUAGAACACACCCAUCUUAGUUGUGGUCCUUAUCUUUGAUGAGGGGAAUAUGGCGGUGUGUUCAUCUGAAUAAGUGGUGCAUUACAACCAGGGGUUACAUUAAACAGUAUGUCAUUUUUUUAAAAAGAAAAGAAGUGGACUUUGAGUUAGUUAAUUCAUUUAUGUAUGGUUAGCUCUAUGAUAGAAUUAAUGCAGUAAAGUUAAGAUGACAUAUUUAAGACCUCAACUUUGAAAAUCUCUUCGGAUUUUUAGGGUUUUUUUUAUUUCUGUACCAAAUAUUUUUGUUUAGAAGUGAAUUUAAAUAUAUCCUUCUAAAAUAAUAUGAAGUUAAUCUUUUCUGAUAGCUGAACAUUAAAGACAUCGAUUUGUUGGCAGUGCCACUUUGCACAAUACUAACUCACAACUUGUGGUUAUUUGUCAAGAGUAGAAUAAAGUUUACCAUUGACUGCU